AUGCUAUCAGCAGCAAAAGCUUCACUUAUUGAUAAAUGUUCUUGUGGUCAUGCUUAUUGUGGUCGUUGUGGUGGUGGUCGUCGUAUUAUUGGUUGUGAUAUUGGUGCUCGUGGUGCUGGUGCUGGUGGUUGUGAUAUUGGUGGUGGUGGUGGUCGUAUUCGUAUUAUUGGUCGUAUUCGUAUUAUUGGUUGUGGUGAUCGUGGUGCUGGUGGUGGUGGUUGUGAUAUUGGUGCUGGUGGUGGUGGUUGUGAUAUUGGUCGUUGUUGUCGUCGUUGUCGUGGUGAUGAUCGUGAUCGUCGUACGUGA